CUUUAGUCACAGCUUGUGCGAAAAACAGCAAACACGUUAUAAAUAAGUUCAUAUAUUAUUAUAAUUUAAACAGUAAAAUAAAAAUGAAGAAACUUGCAGGUGUUUUCAUUUCAUUGUAUUUAAUGUGCACAAUUUCAGGCAUAUUCUGUGAUCAGUAUGAUACAUGUAAAAGUUUAUAUAAGAAAUGUUCAAGUGACUGUGAAUGUUGUUACUCAAAAUGUAGUUUCUCGUGGCUCUCUUUUAGAAGUUAUUGUAAUGACAAUACUAACUUCCUCACUCCAAUAUCAUCCUUCUUUAGUUAUAAAGAUCAAACAGGAAUGUGUUCAUAUAACACCCCGAAAAAUAUGACAAUUAAUGAUCGAAUGUACAAAAUACAUGGUUUAAAUGCAGCCCACGCUCAAUUGAAACCAGGCACCCAAGUCGAAGUGAUACUCAGAGAUAAAAAGUUAAUGGUUACAAUAAAUGAUUAUCCUUCAACAGAAAAUGGAGUAAUUCUAGAGUUGUCCAGAGAAACAGCCAAGGUAUUUAAUAUUGAAGACGGAGGAAAAAUACCUUGCACGAUUGUUGUACCCCGUUUGGAGAAUUCUUCGUAUUACAAAUAUCUUAAUUAUGUUUUACCUUAUAUGAGUUUAUUUUCGUUAUUAUUCAAGAUGAUGUUAUAAAUAUAAGCAAAACUAUACACUUGUUACAAAAUUUGAAAUUUACUUUUUAUUAAAACAAAGUAAUAUUAAUUUAUGUAAGUUUGAAAUUUUAGGUGCAAACUUUAUUGUAACAGUUAACAUAUCUAAUGUGAUCAACCCAAAAUAUCAAUCUCAUUUUUAAUUUAGUAAGUAUUUACUAUUUAUUUGACUCCUUAUCAUUCAUUAAUACAAAUAAAUAUCUACACAAUUGUUUGUAUGAAUAAAAAAUAAACUAAACUUAAAUAUAAAUAGACGGUAGGUUAUAUAAAUA